CAGGCUUCCACUGGUCCACUUCGCGCAGUUUCCGUGUGGACGCGUAAGCACUCGGUGUGUUGCUGCUGCCGCGGGUGCCUUGCUGCAAUUUGAUGCUGCGCUCCUCAGCGGACGGCGUUCCCAGGAAAGAAGAUAGUGCAAUAACGUAGUGAAGAGAAAGAGCAGGGCUGAGACUUCCGGAGGCAGCAUCCAUCGCAGGACGACGACACCAUGACGAGGGAGGGCUCGUCCCUGCUCACCAAUUCGCAGGAAGAACAGCUACUUCAAGAGUAUGCUACGACGAAUGGGACAAUUGACAUUGAUCCACUGCAAUUUUCACUGUCUUUGGGAAACCUAGGAGACGCAUUUGGCAGUCAUUCUUUUGCUAAUUGUGAAUACGUUAAUGAACAAACAAACGUAGAAGAGGACAAGCUUCAAUUGCAGCAGAUGCUCGCCAUGUCAAAUCAGCAACAAAUGGUGCAACAGAUACAACCGCAACAGCAGCAACAACCAUCAAUUGCAGCUCCUAUUUUAGGAAAAGACGAAUUUGCAGGAGAAUAUAAUUUCCAGCUCAUUUUAAAACACCAUCAAAACAAUGGAAAACAUUGGGUUUACUCUGAGAAGCUAAGCAAGGUUUUUAUCCAUAUGGAAGAAGUGCUUCCCUUGCAUUUUCAAUGGACUCCUCCAACAGAUGGACUGUGGGUUCGUGCAACAAUGGUGUAUAAGUUGGAUCAGCAUCGAAGCCAACCAGUGCAAAGAUGCCAUAAUCAUAUGGCACCAGAUAAUAACAGCAACCGUAGUUGUGAUCCACGACAACUAAAACAUGUCAUUAGAGGUAUGCAUGGUGCAUGCACAUAUGAAGAGGCUUCAAACGGUCAUCUAUCCGUACUUACUCCACUUGGAACACCUGAGGCUGGAAUGCAAAAUGUCCCAAUGGAUUUUGUAUUCUACUGCAAGAACAGUUGCACAAGCGGAAUGAACAGAAGACCAACAGAGGUCAUCUUUACAUUAGAAACCGAUCAAAACAAGAUCCUUGGUAGAAGAAAGUUGGAGGUAAGAGUAUGCAGCUGCCCCAAGAGGGACAAGGAAAAAGAAGAGAAGGAGCAUGAAAGUACCUUGAACACUGGCUCAAAGAAGAGAAAGUCCACAACCCUGAUGCCAGGAAUACCACCAGGAAAAAAGCUGUUGAUGGACAAAAAUGUCUUUGAGGUUAAUUUAAAGAUCUUGGGUAGGGACAAUUACAACGCUGUUAUUAGAUACGCCCACGACAUAAUGGCUGGUGCGGCCAUUCGAACAGGCAGUUAUGAUUUGUAUAAGCCUUACAUGGAGGAUGCGAUGCGAAAAUCGCAGUGAUUUGUUUUUUUUUCUUUUUUUAAAAGGGUGUAAAAUACCGAAAAAUAGAGUUUUGGUUUGUCAAGUUUUUACAUUGUGAAAAAAGUUUUAACGUAUUUUAACGUAAAAGCCGACAAUUAAUCUUUCUCAAGCAAUCAGCUAAAAUAUAACAUUCGGUUUUUCUUUUGUAUUCCUGGCAAGCCAAAAUUUUGCCAAAGUGUUUCUUAACUAUACGUUUGAUGCAAUAAUAAAGUUGGAAAAAAGUUUUUAUGAAAGUCAAAGAAAUGUUCAUCAGUAUUUUACAUCCUUGUAUAAAUUAGCAUGCGUUUUUAUAUUUAAUUUUAUUUUUAUAACUAUUAUAAUGUUAGUUUAAGGUGUCAUUCCAUAUGUAUCAUACACGCAAUACUUGAAUUUUCCAAUAUGUUUGGGUAGUGCGAUAAAUUAAGUAUUGAAAUUUUUUACUUAUUAUUUAAGCAUGAUCUCCAGUGUGCCAGAUACAAACCUAAAAUGUGCCUUUAAACAUUAAGACGAUGUUACUUACAAUAAAUAAUUUUAUUAUUGACUUUUCGAAGUAA